AUGGUGGUUCCUACAAAGAGACUAAAAACUCCCGAAGACCUGAAGAUAUUCCAGUCCAGCCCUGUCUAUAAUGACCUGGUGACAUUUGUUACCGAGCUGGCAGCAUCUGUGCACGGGUUGGAACUCGGAUAUUCCGAAGGCGUUGUCAGUAAAGAGAUCAACCAGGUACUGGAGCUUUUGGAGAAUAUCAAUUCGAUUGUCGACCAUCAUCCGGUCGUGAAGGAAACCACAAGCAGAUUUGGAAAGGUCGAGUUCCGCGAUUUCUACGAUGAGCUCGCAGAAAAACUGGUGCCCUGGGUGGAGAAGUACGUUGACCAGGAUAACGCCCAGGAAUUAAGUGCAUACAUUUUGAACUCGUUUGGAGACAGAACAAGAAUCGAUUACGGGUCGGGUCACGAGUUGAACUUUGCAUGUUUCUUGCUGUGUCUGUACAAGCUUGAAAUCUUUACGAAGGACGACUUUAAAUGGAUCGUUCUUAAAGUGUUCAAAAGAUACCUGCAAUUGAUGAGACGGCUUCAGCUGUUAUACUGGCUCGAACCGGCCGGAUCGCACGGCGUUUGGGGGCUGGAUGAUUACCAUUUUCUCCCAUUCCUGUUUGGAGCAGCGCAAUUGGCUCCAUUCACGCGUCCACGGCCGUUGACUAUUCACAAUAAAGACUACGUCGAGGAGUUCAAAGAUAAAUACCUUUACUUUGGAUGUAUCGCAUUCAUCAAUCAGGUGAAAACGGGCGCUGAGUCGCUUAGAUGGCACUCGCCAAUGCUUGACGAUAUCAGUGGUGUUAAAACAUGGGCAAAAAUCGAAGAAGGUAUGAUCAAAAUGUACAAAGCAGAAGUCCUUGGAAAACUGCCUGUGGUUCAACACUUCCUUUUCGGAAGCAUUCUGAAAUGUCCAGAAGGUAUCCCCAGUUAUACAGAUGGUGGUGACGACGAGCAUGUUGGACACAAUCAUUCGACAUGGGGUGACUGCUGUGGAAUCAAAGUUCCUAGCGCGGCUGCAGCAAGUGCCAUGUCCAAACACCAUAUUCCAUUCGAUUGA